GUCAUCUGCUGCAAAAGCUUCCUUGUUGAGUCGACCUCAUAGGUGAUACUGAGAUAUGGCAAUGUCUCAUCAUGUUACUGUUCUUCUCCUUCUGACAAAUGUUUCCUCUUGUGGCAACUGUUACUGCACCAUCAUCUUUUCCAUUUCCAUGCAAACUAACACUGUCAUCUUCACUCUCAUAUAUGUGUGGGAAGAAGAGGCGACAACUUAGGGUUGCCUUAUACUGACAUGAUAGUGAGUUAACAUAUAUUCCUUUACCUCCCUUUUUCUCUGAAUCGAUCAAUCAGGGAAGUCUUGUAAAAGAAAAUGAAGCAUAUCUUCACUCAGGCUAAAGUCACAGUUUCAGUUUCAACUUUUCAUUUAAUUUAAGGGUUCUUUUCUAUUGGCUUUUAUCAGUUUCUUCUCUUUUCUCUCAUGGCUUCUGUGUGUCUUCUUCUUGUGGGGUUGCUUGUUUUGGCAGCUGGGGUGGUUGCCUUGCAGAAAAACUCAGAUGGUGGUGAAACAGUAGUGAUGGAGGAGGAGGAGCUGUUGGGGCUUUUUGAAGUUAUGGAUGCCCUUCUAGAGUACCCAAGCUGGGCAGAGAUGCACCCACAACCAUGUACAGACACUCCAUGGCCUGGUGUUCAAUGUGAGAUUAGCCAAGACCCUCUAAUCUUUCAUGUCACUAAGAUUCAUGUUGGCCCUGAUGUUCUUAUCCCUCCUUGCAAAGCUAAUGCUAACCUACCUGCAAAGUCCCUACUCAAGUUACCUUAUCUGAGAACCCUCUCUAUUUUUGACUGUUUCCUGACUUCACCAGUCUCUCUUUCUCCAACCCUCUUUGGUGCAUUCUCUUCCUUAGAGCAUCUAGCCCUUGAAUCAAAUCCAUCCCUCCAUGGAGUGAUUCCCGCAAGUCUAGGAGAGGUUGCAAAUUUGAGGAUCCUUUGCUUGUCUCAGAACAAUCUGCAGGGAGAAAUUCCAAAGGAGCUUGGUGGGUUGGGCAGUUUGGAGCAGCUUGACCUCAGCUACAACAACCUGAGUGGUGAAAUCCCUGUAGAGAUUGGAGGGUUAAAAAGCUUGACCAUUUUGGACAUCAGCUGGAAUGGCCUGGAAGGGAGGGUGCCUUAUACAUUGGGUCAGCUUCAGCUCCUCGAAAAAGUUGAUUUGGGUUCAAACAGGUUGGCUGGAAGAAUACCCCAAGAUUUGGGGAAGCUGAAGAGGUUGGUCUUAUUGGAUUUGAGCAAUAACUUUUUAACCGGGCCAAUCCCUCAAACUCUCUCAGGUAUGGAGCAGUUAGAGUACUUAUUGAUUCAAUACAACCCUUUAAACACAGGGAUACCCCUGUUUAUAGGGACAUUCAAAAAGCUCACGGUAUUGAGCUUUUCAGGAUGUGGGUUAACAGGCCCCAUACCCAAGUAUUUUCCAUUUUUGAGGAAUCUCACUGCUCUGUCUCUAGACAAGAACAGCCUAAAUGGGAUAAUCCCUCCAGAUUUAGGGACACUUCCAAGAUUAGAUCAGCUAAAUUUGAGCCAAAAUCAUCUAAGUGGGGAGCUAUUAUUUCCGGAAGAAUUCAUUAACAGGCUUGGGAAGAGGCUGGAUGUUAGAGGAAACAGUGGGCUAUGCACAAGCAACCGGCUGUACGAGAAGAAUAUUUCUCUAUACCUGUCUACACCUGCAUGUUUACAUUCAGCAGAAUCAAGUAACAACAAGAGCUGGGCUGAACCACAAUCAGAUGAUUGCAAGAGAAUGAAGCCAUCUUGGGAGCACGGAAUUAUGAGCUCAAACACUCCAGUGCUGAAUCAAGAUCUCCUUUUGCCUUAUUUCUUUGUUUGGUUUCUGAGAUUCUUAUUCUUACAAUUGUAGGGAAGUGGCUUGUCUUACAGAAUCAAUAUAUUCAUGGGUGGUCAUUUUCUUGCUA